AUGAUCAUCGUGACCCGACACGUAUCGUGUGGGGUGUUAACUGAGUGUGUCUGUGAAGUGGCCAAGAUUGAGUUGGUAGGGUGUGGGUGGGGAAGGCGCGCGCGCGUGCGACCCUUGCACGCGUUGGGCCGCGCGGCCGGCAUGUUAGCGCAGCGGUCGCAGUCCUGCAACGAGGAAGGCGCGUUCUUCGGUGCGCGCGCACUCCGUCGGCCGCGCGGCAAGGGAAGUGGCAGCCCGCCCUGCUAG